AUGGCGGAAGCCAUCAUUUUGCCUAUUGCUAAAUCCAUACUUGGUAAGAUCGCUUCCUUUACCGGUGAUCUUGCCAUUUCCUCUGUUUCUGAAGAAUUAAAAGCGGCCAAGUCAGCUAAGAAAGAUAUCAAUAAGAUAGCCGAUAAGCUCACUGCUAUUUGUGCUGUCCUCCAUGAUGCUGAAAACAAGCAAUACUCGAACGAAGCCAUGAAAGUUUGGCUAAGAGAUCUCAAGCAUGUUGUUUAUGAUAUUGACGAUCUCUUGGAUGAAGUCGCCUUUGACGCUUUACAAUGCCGUGUCAUUGAAGGUCGUUUUCGCCCCAAGCUUAGGUACUAUCUUUCCUCCUCAAACCCAAUCAUUUUUUCUUUUCAUGUGAGUCACAAAUUACGAGACCUCCGUGAACAGCUAGAACACAUUGUGGCUAAGAAAAAUGAUUUUGGUUUGACUGAAAGUCCGAUUGAGUACUCAACUGCUGACAUCAGGAAUCCUUUGGAUAGUAGCUCAUAUGUCCAUGUACCUGAUGUUGUUGGAAGAGAUGAGGCUAAGCAAGAUGUUAUAAAUAGAUUGGGUAGUGUCAGUGAUGUUAGUGAGCUCUCUGUGCUUCCUAUUGUUGGGAUGGGUGGGAUUGGAAAAAUUACUUUAGCUAAGUUUGUGCUUCCUAACACUUGGAUCAUAAGUUUGUUGGAUGAUGUAUGGGUUGAGGAUUUCAAAAAGUGGAAAGAGCUAAAUGAUGUGCUAGCUGUUGGUAAUUCGGGGAGUAUAAUUUUGAUCACCACAAGAAACUCCAAGGUAGCUUCUAUCACUCAAACAUUUGAAUCGUCUUAUGAUUUGGAUAGUCUUCCGAUGGAAGUUUGCUGGUCAAUGUUCAAGCACCUGGCAUUCAAGGAUGGCGAGGAAGGCAAAUGUCCGAAUCUUUGUGAAAUUGGCAGGUCUAUUGUUAAAAAAUGCCAUGGCAUCCCACUUGUUGUAAAGACUUUGGGGAGUAUAUUAAGAAGUGUAAGGGACGAACGAGAAUGGCAACGAAUUAAUGAUAUGGAAAGUUUUACAGAAUUGAAGCAAGAUUAUGGUGAUGUCUUACCACUAUUAAAAUUAAGUUACGAUAAAUUACCAUCUCACUUAAAACCAUGUUUUGCUCACUUGUCCUUGUGCGUGAAAGAUUAUCCAUUAUUUUCACCUUUUGUAACAUCUGUGUGGAGCGCACUUGGAUUGUUGCCACUGGAUCACAGAAAUAAGGAUAUUGUUGGCCUGGGAUACUCUUACUUAAUGGAACUGACAUCAAAGUUCUUGGUUGAAGAAACAAGUGAUCAUGUUACGGGUGUAUUAUGCGUUAGUAAAAUGCACGAUCUUUUGCAUGAUCUAGCAGUGAACAUUAUGGCAGAAGAGUUAGUUGUUGCAACUUUGGGACCACUGUUUUGCUGUUGGAGAAAGUAUUGGUCUGAUUGUGAAUGA